CAGUAGACUCUUGCAGGAGCUGUUCUGUCUAGGGUCUGGACUCUGGAGGCUGCAGAAAAAACCUAAUUACAACAAACACAGAAACUUCAGCAAAAUAAAGUAUUACAGACUGUGUACAAUGAAUCGGCAGUCGUCCUCAUACAAAAGGAUGUUUGGUGGGGAGAGACCAUCGGUUUCGAGCCGAUCAUACUCAAGUCGACAGUACUCCAGCCCUAUCCGAUCCAGGGUAUCCUACACCAGUCACUCUGCCCCUACUCUCUACGCGACCAAAUCUUCAUCCAUGAGGGUCAGAAGCAGCGCUCCUCAGACCAGGCUGGUUUCUGAAACAUUGGAUUUCGCCUUGUCCGAUGCCAUCAACACUGAGUUCAAAGCCAACAGAACCAAUGAAAAGGCGGAGAUGCAGCACCUUAACGACAGGUUUGCGUCCUACAUCGAUAAGGUGAGGUUUCUGGAGCAGCAGAACAAGAUUCUGAUGGCCGAGUUGGAGCAGCUAAAGGGGAAAGGCACCACCAAGAUCGGAGACCUCUACGAGGACGAGAUGAGGGAGCUCCGUCGCCAGGUGGACAAGUUAACCAACGAAAAGGCGAGAGUGGAAGUAGACCGAGACAACCUUGGGGAUGACAUCCACAGACUAAGAGAGAAGCUACAAGAGGAAGCAAUCCAACGCGAAGAAGCUGAAAGCACUCUUCAUAGUUUUAGACAGGAUGUUGAUAACGCAUCUUUGGCACGUCUGGAUCUUGAGCGUAAGGUUGAGUCACUGCAGGAAGAAAUUGCCUUUUUGAGGAAGCUCCACGAUGAAGAAAUCGCUGAAUUGCAGGUCCAGAUCCAGGAACAGCAUAUCCAAAUCGACAUGGAUGUUGCCAAACCAGAUCUCACCACUGCUCUGCGUGACGUUCGUUUGCAGUACGAGAACCUUGCUUCGAAGAACAUGUCUGAAUCCGAAGAGUGGUACAAAUCCAAGUUUGCUGACCUUACUGAGGCUGCAUCCCGCAACAGCGAAGCCCUCCGCCAGGCUAAGCAGGAUUGCAAUGAAUACCGCAGACAGGUCCAAGGGCUUACCUGUGAAGUCGAUGCACUCAAGGGAACCAACGAGUCCUUGGAGCGCCAGAUGCAUGAGAUGGAGGAGAACUUUGCUCUCGAAUCUUCUAAAUACGAGGACAGUAUUGCUCGCCUUGAGGAUGACAUCCGCAACAUGAAGGACGAGAUGUCCCGUCACCUGAGAGAGUACCAGGACCUUCUGAACGUAAAGAUGGCUCUGGACAUUGAGAUCGCCACAUACAGGAAGCUGCUGGAGGGAGAGGAGAGCCGAAUCACCACACCCAUGCCGAAUUUCUCUUCCUUAAACCUGAGAGAAACAAGCCUUGAGAUGAGACCAGCUAUGGAAUCCUUUUCCAAGAAAGUCCUGAUUAAGACUAUUGAGACUCAAGAUGGGCAUGUUAUCAAUGAGAUGACCCAGGACCACGAUGACCUGGAGUAAGGCAUCUGAAAGUCCGAACAUGUUUCUUUAGCAGCACGACUACAGAAAUGUUUCAUUCAAGCAAGAAAAAAAUGACCCUCAGUCUCUUGAGAAAAAAAAAAAAAAAGUGAAAAAAAAAUAACAGCUUCAAAGUGCCUUUCUGCAGUUAUCUGAGCGCGCCAGAUAGAGUUAUGUUAGAAUGUAGGCUUUGUAGGUCUGCAGAACGGGUUAGCUGGUAUACAGUUUACUACAGAGUCUCUAGGUUACAUUCAGACAGUAAGACAAUAGCAAUAUCCUGAGCAGCAGUACCGAUUUUUUUACUUACCAUUUUCAGAUUAAAA